CUCGGAUCCUGUCGCUUGAGAAAAAAGCUCAUCGACACUCCCCAUCUCCUUUUCAGCUGCAAUAUUUGACUCUUUCUCUUUCUCUCUCUCUCUCUCUCUCUCUGCUUUGAAAACCUAAAUCAAGACAGAAAACAACGAUGGACGACCAGUACGGACUGCCGGAUCUCCGGCAGCUCAUAGCCACUCGAACCACCCAAUUCUCCUCCCUCCUCCACCUCGAGCCACCACUGCCACCGCCCCCUCCACCUCGAACCGCUAUUCACACCAGCUUCUCACCUUCCUCUCCACCAUCUUCUUCACACUAUGAGCCCACCGUCAACAUGUUGAGCACGGCCCUCGCUAACGCGAACGCGAACGCGAACGCUCACUCCACUCACCCUUUCGCUACCGCCACUCCUCCUCCUUCGGCUCUGACUGGUGGCUUCGACAUAUUUGAGUGUGGAAGCUACAGGAGCGACAUGAUUGGAGGUUCUGGGACGAGCAGCAUCGGCAGCAGCAGAUGGCCCAGGCAAGAGACGCUCACUCUUCUGGAGAUCAGAUCUCGCCUGGAUCCCAAGUUCAAGGAGGCCAAUCAGAAAGGACCCUUGUGGGACGAAGUCUCCAGGAUAAUGUCUGAGGAACAUGGGUACAAUAGAAGCGGCAAGAAGUGUAGAGAGAAGUUUGAGAACCUGUACAAGUACUACAAGAAAACUAAGGAAGGCAAAGCUGGAAGGCAGGAUGGGAAGAACUACAGAUUCUUUCGCCAACUUGAAGCAAUCUACGGAGAAUCGACCACCGCUAACCGCAAGCCAUCUACAGAUAAUUCAUCUCUUGUCUCCAACAUUAAUUUCUACCCGGCACCGAACAAUAUUAGUAGUCAUGCAAUCCAAGAUCAAGCUCUGCAACGCGAAAUGAGCCUCAGUUUCUCAAACUCAUCAUCGCAUGAGCUCGAAACGGCCUCUUCCUCUGAAAACAACGAAGAAGAUCUCUCAGCGAUCGCUUUCAUGAUGAAUAGCAGUCAUUCGUCAGAGAAGAAGAAGAGAUUGGUAAGUGAGAGCGACAGCUCAAAAAGGAGUAAAAAGGGGUGGAAGGAGAAGGUGAAGCACUUUGUGGAUUCACAGAUGAGGGACAUCAUAGAGAAACAAGAGGCUUGGAUGGAGAACAUGUUGAAGACCAUUGAGCUAAAAGAGCAAGAGAGGGUUUGCAGAGAGAUGGAAUGGAAGAGGGAAGAGACGGCACGUUUCGACUGCGAGCGUGAGCUUUGGGCCAAGCAAAGAGUCUGGAUCGAGGCUCGUGACACGGCACUCAUGGAAGCUCUGAGGAAGUUCACAGGGCAUGAACUAACAAUCCAGUCGCCACCAAAGGACCGAAAUAUUACAAAAGAGGAAGAGCAAAGCACGAACUCAUUCUCGGAGCCGGAGAUGUUAACUUUGAUUCAACUGAUAACGAGCUUGGAACCGGGUUUUCAAGAAUGCGGUUUUUUAAGGGAAGGAUUUUGGGAGGUAAUAUCGGCGAAAAUGGCAUGUUUGGGAUUUAAUCGGAGUGCGGGUGAGUGCCAAGAGAAGUGGGAAAAUGUGAGGAAUUCUUUUAGAAAGAUCACUGAAUGGAACAAGAAGCCAAGAGAAGACUUUUCCAGGAGCCAGAAUCUAUUCUUUCACCAACUCCACAAUUCCUAGAAAUUAUUAUGGAAUUUCCUAGAAAAUAAUUUAGCCUGAUCAGAGUUGGAGGAAGAUCCAAAACAGAAAUCACAGGCUUCACAUCCUGGUGAAAGUGCAAGAUCAAUUGGUUGGACGGUCUCGUGUAUUGACGCUUUUAGGACAGCAACGACUUGUAAGUUUGGUAAAUUUCAGUCCCUUUUUUUAUUUGUUUUGAGAGUCGUGGAGUCAGUGAAGCUCAGGAGGGGCAAUAACUUGUAAGUCUAGCAAAUUAGCAAUUUCAGCUUUUUCAGUUGUACUUUUGGUUUGACUUGAUUGUUGAGAAUAUGGAACUGAUGGUAGUUUUUGUGAUUGGCUUGGUUAUUUGUGUAAGAAAGCACCUACUAGCUAGGUAGGAAUUUAUUCUAGGAUGAUUUCUUUGAUAGUCA